AUGCUUACACUAAAUAAAACAAUCAACGACAGUUGCUUAACUCCAUUAAAUUUAACUUGUGAUAAAAAUGGAAUGAUAAUAAGCAAUCACACGAAAUUACUGAAACGAAAGAAACACAGAAGUAAAACAACUAGCCAAUUGGCACACCGAAAUAAUAACAAUAAUAAUAACAGUAAUAAAUCAGAUGUAUCCAGUGAAAAUUCAGCUACUACAACUACUAUUAUUGAUGGUGAUGAGAAUGACAGCAUGAAUUUGAACGAGGAAUUUCCACAGAUUACUGAUGAAGAAUUACAAGCACUUCGAUUGAAUAUUAAUCAACGUGAAAGACGUAGAAUGCAUGAUUUAAAUCUGGCAAUGGAUGGAUUAAGAUCCGUAUUACCCUAUGCUCAAAAUCCAUCAGUUAGAAAAUUGUCAAAAAUUGCAACAUUAUUAUUAGCUAAAAAUUAUAUCCUCCUGCUAACAAAAAGUUUAACUGAAGUACAAGAAAAGUUGACCGUCUUAUUAUCAUGUCGUGAUCAGCAUUCAACAGAUCAACGGAUCAAGCCUAUACAACUGUUAACCAGUUCUAUAGGAAAUCAGCUGAUGACACCAGAAUCAAUGUCUACAUCAACAGGCAGAUCAUCUUCAGAAAUAUUGUCGUCUUAUUCAUCCUAUCCUUCUGUUAACCAAUCUACUUGUACACCACCAUCAAAUCUAACCACCUUACAAUCAAUAUCAUCUCCUAUUCUCCGGACAAAUAUCCUCCCGCCAAAUGAUCAGACUGUUUUGUUGAAUUUAAACAAGGAGAAUAGUGUGAAUAAUGAUCAUAAUAAUACUAAUAACAAAAUUUCAAACCAAUCGAUAAAUAGUAAUCAUGAUAUUUGUACAUCGAAUUUAGUAUUCCCCUUACUCCAAUGUACUACAAAAAAUAUAAGUCCUCAUAUAACAGAAGAAGAAUAUAGCGUCAUGCCUAUUCCCACUACUACUAAUACUACUAUUACUACUGCUAUUAUUGAUAGUAGUCCAGUAGUAUCAUCAUCACCAACAACAUUUCCCAGUUCACUUUUCUCUUCAGUUAACUUUUCUUCUCCUUGUUUAAAUGAUGAAAAGAAUUGUUUAAAUCAAAUAUUGAAUCCAUUGAACAACAACAACAAUGAAUUUGGCGGGAUUUCAAAUUUAUCGCGUUACUAUUAUUAUUAUCAACAACAAAACCAACAUAAUCAUCAUUUUAUUACACAACCUGUUGUUACAAAUCAAAUGUUCAGUUAUAAUUUUAUGCCUACACUACAAAAUUAUGUAAAUAUUUUAUAG